UUUUAGGUAAGUCUUCAAUUAUGGGUGAUCUUACAUUUUCUGUUAUCCAAACAGAGCGGGGUUAUUAUCUCUGCCUUCUCCACGAACUUUCUUCAUUAUAAUAACUACACACAAUAGAUAAACUGAAAAUAUUAUUUUAAUACACCUAUAAGCCCAUAUUUAGAAAAAAUGAUCAAUUCUUACUCACAACAAAAUCCUACAUCUACUAAAAGCGCACAAUACUUCCAAUUCCCUCUCUUAAUCUUUCUCCUUCUCCACUAAUUUCCCCCAUUCCACCUCCUAUACACACAGACCCCCCUAAAACCCCCAAAUUCCCUUACCUAUCCUCCAAAAUCCCCCAAAACCCCUGUUCUUGUUCCUACAAAACCUCUCUCCAGCUAAAUUUGUCUUCCUUUACUGUACAUGUCUAGUAGAGAUUUUGGAAUUUUGGGAUUUUGGGGUUUUGGAUGACUGAGGACGAUGAGAGGGGAAAAUUGGAUUUUUUUGAGGGAUUUUGGGAAAUGGAGGAGAAUUUUGGGGUUGUUUGUAGGGAUUUGGGUAGGUUGGGGGAAUUAG